AUGGUGCAGCGUCAGCCUGACACUGUGAGCGAGGGUCCAACCUUCUCCACCAAACUGUCCAUACAGUGUCCAACUACAGCUCUGUGUGACCGCCGCAGGUCCAUACAGUGUCCAACUACAGCUCUGUGUGACCGCCGCAAGUCCAUACAGUGUCCAACUACAGCUCUGUGUGACUACUGCAAGUCCAUACAGUGUCCAACUACAGCUCUGUGUGACCGCCGCAAGUCCAUACAGUGUCCAACUACAGCUCUGUGUGACUACUGCAAGUCCAUACAGUGUCCAACUACAGCUCUGUGUGACCGCCGCAAGUCAAUACAGUGUCCAACUACAGCUCUGUGUGACCGCCGCAAGUCCAUACAGUGUCCAACUACAGCUCUGUGUGACUACUGCAAGUCCAUACAGUGUCCAACUACAGCUCUGUGUGACCACUGCAGGUCCAUACAGUGUCCAACUACAGCUCUGUGUGACCGCCGCAAGUCCAUACAGUGUCCAACUACAGCUCUGUGUGACCGCCGCAAGUCAAUACAGUGUCCAACUACAGCUCUGUGUGACCGCCGCAAGUCCAUACAGUGUCCAACUACAGCUCUGUGUGACUACUGCAAGUCCAUACAGUGUCCAACUACAGCUCUGUGUGACCGCUGCAGGUCCAUACAGUGUCCAACUACAGCUCUGUGUGACCGCUGCAGGUCCAUACAGUGUCCAACUACAGCUCUGUGUGACCGCUGCAGGUCCAUACAGUGUCCAACUACAGCUCUGUGUGACCGCUGCAGGUCCAUACAGUGUCCAACUACAGCUCUGUGUGACCACUGCAGGUCCAUACAGUGUCCAACUACAGCUCUGUGUGACCACUGCAGGUCCAUACAGUGUCCAAUUACAGCUCUGUGUGACUACUGCGAGUCCACACAGUGUCCAACUGCAGCUCUGUGUGACCACCGCAGGUCCAUACAGUGUCGCAGAUUUAAUAUUAUAUUGUCUAAUCUAUACAGGGAUGGUUGGUAUCAGUCCCCGCUGUAA